GCUAACAUCAGGCGAUCUGCGUUUUUGGAGGUUCUUCAUCCAAUCAGAGAGUCGGAAAAUUUUUUUUCGUACAAGGCAACUGGAUCUCGCUCUAUUGUUACACCAGUCCUGCAAGAGCAAGAGCUC